AUGUUGCCGUUUUAUAUCAGUCACUUUGGUAACCCUCAUUCACGCACACAUGAGUAUGGUUGGUAUUGCGAAGAAGCCGUUGAGAAAGCUAGAGAGAACGUAGCCAAUCAGAUAGGUGCUGACCAUAAAGAAAUCAUUUUCACCAGUGGUGCGACAGAAAGCAACAACCUAGCUGUAAAAGGUGUUGCUAAGUUUUACCACCCAAAGAAGAAGCAUAUUAUAACUACACAAAUCGAGCAUAAAUGUGUCUUGGAUUCCUGUAGAGUUUUGGAAAACAACGGGUUUGAUGUUACGUACUUACCUGUUCAGAAAAACGGAAUUCUAGAUUUGGAGGUUCUGGAACGGUCUAUUAAGCCCGAAACGAGUUUAGUCUCUGUCAUAGCUGUUAAUAAUGAGAUAGGUGUCCUUCAGCCCAUCGAAGAAAUCGGAAGACUAUGUCGAAGUAAAGGGGUUUUCUUCCAUACUGAUGCUGCACAAGCUUUCGGAAAAGUGCCAAUUGACGUCAAUGCUAUGAAUAUUGAUCUCAUGUCCAUUAGUGGUCACAAGAUAUAUGGUCCUCAGGGGAUUGGUGCUCUCUACGUACGUCGUCGACCCAGGGUUCGAUUAGAAGCUCAGCAAAAUGGAGGUGGACAGGAACGUGGGUUAAGAUCUGGUACUCUUCCUACGGCUUUAGUUGUUGGCUUAGGUGAAGCAAGCCGUUUGGCCAGCGAGGAAAUGAAAGAUGAUUAG